CACAGCGUCAUUCGAUCAUUCAUUCCGUCACGCGCAGGUGGGAUGAAGGUCUCAUAUGUAAGAAGCUCUCUCACACAAGAGAAUGUGUGAGAGACAGCCAAGCAUCACAAUCAUUCAGCAGUCCGACUGCAAGCACACACGCACGCACAACUCGCUCACUGGUUGUCCUCAGGCUGUCGUUUCUCUGCGGCAGAUGCAGGUGUGGGCGGCGCCUCCAGCUUCGGCGGGGGUGUCUUUGGUGGUGAGGGAGGUGUCACCUCUCCAUCCCCCUGGCCCUUCUUCUUCUUGGCCAUUUUCCGAGACGGCGGCCUCACUAUCUUCACAGGAGACCUGCCAGCCGGUGUGCUCGCCCUGCUCACGGCUGUGCCGGGACGGCUGCCCGUGGGCGUCGUGUCGGCCGAGGCAGGGGCCGUCUGCGGACGCCUCUCGAUUGGGAGAGGGGGCGGGGUCGACGGUCCGGCCGAUGACGGCUCCUGCUGCUGCUGUUGCUUGGCCAUUUGCUGGUCUCUGGCCAGUUGUUUGGCUUGUGCCACUGACGCUGCGACCCUCUCUUCGAUGGCCUUCUCCUGCGCCUCUUGUUCUGCUGGGGGUGUCUUGGGCUUGGGGCGACGCUUCGCUUUGGCCUUUCCCCUCCCCUGUGGCCGGCUCUUGCUCUCAGGCGAGGACGCAUCCCUCUCGCUGCCGUCCUUGUCGGCCUGCUGCUGUGGCUGUGCCUGUGCCAUGUCUCCUCCCCUCUUCACCUGCAUCAGCGGAGCCGCCACUGCAGCAGCCAGGACGGUGGCCGGGCUGCUAGCCUCUACAGCUGGGUCUGGCUGAGGCAGCUGCAUGUCGACGGGCCUCUCUGUCGGCCUGGGCACUGCCUUGACGGGCUCGGCGGCCUCUUUCGGCCGCUCGCGUGGUGGUGUCCGGCGUGAAGAGGGGAUGGCUGGGGAAGUGGAUGGCGGCUCCGCGGCGCUUGGAACGUCGUUGGGGCUACGGACGCUGAUGUCGUGAGUGGCGAAGCAGGUGAAUGUAUUGUAUUAGUGUAGUCACUGCUUGUUUCUCAGGUGGUGCUUACGUGAAGUUGGUGUGUUCCUCGAUGGCUUGGUCUGACCUGACGGCCCUCUUGGUCGUCAUCGGUCGCUUUAUGCGCUCCAACACACAUCUGACAGCAAGACAGAAGGGAGAGAACAGAACACGAGACACGGGCAUGGGAGUGGGAGUCUCUCUGGCUGACCUCAGCCUCUCAAUAGCCGUGUCCACGGCAUCGAUGUUGCCGGGCAGCAGCAGCUGGAGGGCAAACUUGAUGAAAAGGAAAGCUGCAACACACAAACAGCAUGGCCCUCACCAGGUGCUGCAUGCACGUCUCUCUCAUGUCACGCACCGAAGCAGUAGAAGAACAGGGACUCUAGCGCGUCAAGUGGGUCGUCGUCAUCGUCGCCCUGCGGGCCGUCCUCCGCCUUGGGCAGUAUCCCGCCAGCACUGCGCACUUUGGCCGUGAACGAGAGCAGUGAUGCGUUCGUGAAGAUGGCAAGGUAAUUCAGACCACUGAACGGAUAGAAUGUAACACAUAGAGUGACGGACUGCUUGAAAUUGUGAUUCAGACGGCCCACCUGAAAAUGGCAUGCCAGCAUCCGAUGUCGAACUCUGCCUGUGGGUGAGGUCUUCUGACUAGCGUCUUCAGCUUUGUCGUGUCGACAUAGAGCUCAAACAAAGAAGCCAGGAAGACCAGCAGACCAGCGAGAGGGAAUGAAAUGGAGAACAGGGCGAGAAAGCCGAAGCUAAUGCUCAGCUCGAGGUAGUCGUUGAUAGUUCCGUCAUACGCUAGGACAGCCUCGCCGUAGGGGUCCAUCUCCAUCUCGCUGUCGACUUGUUGGAUGAUCCUCGACACACCCUUCGCCCCACCUGGCCCACCCUUGACGCCGUCCUCCUUUGUCCGCUGCCUUUCUUUCCACUGUGCGACGAUCCACGGCCUGCCAAGCUCCACCACGUUCAUCAGGGCCCGGAUCACUAUCAGCGAAGUCAGCUGGGCAUUAAGCUCAUCCAUGCAGUCUGAACACACAAACAGAGUGAGACGGACGGGCAUGUGAGGGGUGGGGUGCGUUGCGGUGGGUGCAUUACUUGGUCGACAGCCUUCUCUGUGCUCCUUGGCAAAGGCAAUGAAGAACAGUGAAGCAUACGAGUUAACAAACUGAAACCCAAGACACACGCAAGAGCACAGUGACAGUGCCUCCCUCCCUCCUCUUGUGAGAGAGAGGUACCAUAAAGAGGAAGCUCUUGACCGCAUACGAGUACUGGAAGAGGGAGUAUGUCCGGUGGUUCUCCCACUUUGUGAGCGCCAGACAGACCGGCCGAUAAGCGGCGUUGAAUAUGUUCAGCUACACGUAGAUGAGACGACGGACCACACACAUUGUGCAGGCGCCACGUCUUAUUCUACCCACCUGAAUGGCGGUGAGGAGACCGACGACGUGCCCGCUCAUAUCGUAAUCGAGCACAUAAAACCACCCCUUGUUAGCAAAUGUUUUCUGCAGCACAUGCAUGUAAGGACGGACAGUCAUUAUCCUCUCGCACAAAUGUCUAAUGUCUCACACACCUUGAGCGAUAAGAUCAGGAUGACAAGUCCCAAAGCAACGAGCGAGAAGAGCACACUGACAACGGCCGCGACACUGAUGCGGGCAUAUUUCCUCAGAGGAGCGAAGUAGAGCUCGCCGGGCUCCCCAGUCACCGGCGAGCGCCGCAAUAUGCCGAAGAACUGCAUCCGCGGGGGCUCGCUCACCGCCUCCUGGUGUCCCACACGCCCGAACCAUAGAGCAAUGCGCAGCUGUCUGCAAUACAACCGACAACGGCUUCGUGUGUGUGUGUCUGUGUGUGUGUGUGUGCCUACUUCCUUUCCCAUGCGAUCAGAAAGCAUGUGGUCCAGAUUGAGAGGAAGAGGGCGUUGACCAGUCCAACACGAUACUCGAACUCAUCAUCGAAAUCCAAGUAGUACAAAAUCUGAAAGGCCACACCAAAAUCUGACAGGACAGUGGCUACACUCCUUCUCACCUGGAAAGCCAUGCCAAGAGCAGCGGGCCAGAGCAUGCACGCCGAAUAGUGCCGCAGGAAGCAGAAGUACACAGCGAUCUUCUCGCCAUAGUAAAACGCCUCAUUCCUGAGGCGACAUUCCAGCACAGAGAGACACCAGUGAGAGGAAAAGCUUUACCGCUCCCCAGCCUCCCACCCACCUAUCCUCAAACAUGGCCCCUAGGCAUCGUGCGGUGCUUCUGAGGCAGCCACAGCAGCCUUCGUCGGCAGGUCUUUUGAACAGCAACGCACCAGAGGCCUGUAUGAAUGAAUCGCUCAGACAGAGACACAGCAGUGUGCCUCUAGUGUUGACGGACACAACACACCGGCCCCAAUCGCACCUCUUCAAUGGUGUUCUCGACGGCCUGCUCGUCGUCCUGAGUGACGUCUCUGUGCUCCUGCGCCCGCUUGCUCCACCUGGAAGCCAUCUCGCCGCCGUCAUCGAUCAUCACACGUGCUGACGGCACCUUGCGGUCGCUCUGCGCCUUUGCUUGUGUCGCUGAUGCGCCCUUGUUCGCGUCUGUGUCGUCUUCUGGUGUGACGAAUGACCGCAUGAGGGCAUAGAAGGUCUCAAUGGAGGUGAGGGCUGUCAUGCGCAACGGCAGGUGGGCGUAUAGCUUGUCAACAGGGCGGACUGCAAACGAGCAGGGAGGCAACACAGCGGCUCGGCUGUUUGCUUGUUUUUUGUUCCUUUGCACCAAUUGGAAAGAAGUCAACGACAAGGUCCUCUGUGAUGAGCGUAUAGAGGUCGAUCUGCCUCAUGAUCUGGUCGUAGAUGAGCCGCAGACGGUCAGUGGGGCUGAAGGGAAUCGACACACUCGCACCUGCGCCAACAAAAUGUCCGAUGCGGUGCUUGUGGGUGUGCCCGUGUCUCUGUACGUCUCACCUGUCUUCAGCUUUCGGCAUGGAUAUCUUGACCACAGCAGCGCGUGAUAGGUGCGAUCGUACUCGGCCAGCAGACGGGUGACAGGCUGGCGCAGACCUGAUAUGGGGGGCACCAAAUGGCGACGGGCAUUCUUUUCUGUUUGAUCGCCCCAUCCAUCAUCGCUUGUUUACCCACCGAGUCGCUGCCACACCGACUUCAGCUCGAGCUGUCUCAUCUUGACAACCAGCUUCCGGCCCCACACGCCCUCCUCCCGCAACCGCACCCUCGUCUCCAAGUUGACCUCCCGCAUGGCGUGCAGGGCGUCCUUGCCAGCCUUUCUCUCCUCCAGGUACCGCAAAUACGUCCGCUCAAUCUCGCCCCUCACUGCCUCCUCUGCCUCGCCCCACUCGUCGACAUACGCCUGUUCCGACGUGGGUGUCUGGGCACUCUCCUGCGUGGCCGAGGCGUCGGGCUUGGCGAUGUUCAGGCGUUUGAAUGGCGCGGACAGGGCUGCGGUAAUGUCUAUGAUGCCAGGGGUUGCGGCUGGGGCUUUGGGUCGCUUCUUGGGGGCGGUUGUGUGUGCGAGGCGUUCCAGGCUGCCUCGUCUCCGUCGAAAGUACGCGGCCUGGGCCUGGAUGGAGCCGUUGGUCGUGGACUCUUCCUGCACACACGUAUGUCGUCGAUGCAUGAAGGCGCCCUUGUCCCCCUCCGCCCGUGUCUGUCUGUUGCAUACCGCUUGUUUGAGCAUCGUGUCGGUGAGGUCUCGGUAUGCGCUCUGCACCUGUCUCGACUGUUUCUCCUGCGGGCCUGCGUAGAAGAGCUCAGCCAGGGGAGUGAAGCGGCUGGUGCAGGGCUCGUAGCUCUGAACAUACCAUGAAUGGGGCAUAAGUGGGCCAUCCGUGUUUGGCAUGAGUACCUCAGGGUCAGCGACGAGUAGGUUGAUAGCCAGGGGAUAUCCCCUGCGGAGAGCGGCCGACUCGAGGUCUUGCUCGUCGCACGCCACCAAAAUGUAGAUGAACCUGAGACACACACACACACACACACACACAUGGACAGCGCGAUCUUUUGCUUGGUUUCACUCACUGGUAGUUGGACGAGAAUGCCAUCUCUACGGUGAAGUUCAGAUGGUGUACUAGCUUCGUCACAAUCACAUUGCGCACCUGACAUCCACACAGACACAGACACGAAUAUUCGUAGCAAUUACCUCCCAUCCGUCCAAUCGGUCCACCGACCAGUGACAUGAAGUCAAAGCACGUCACUGGCGUUCUGGACUGACACCAUCCAUGGCCAGCUGCGACGAACGAGCUGCUUUGGGGCGCAUUGUUCGCAGGGGGAGCGGUCGAGUCGGCGUCGGCUUGAUUGCUGGGGCCUGACGCUCGUGGCUUUCCUGCUGCUGAGCGAUCCUCCUGGGAGACACACGACAUAAUGCAGCCAAUGAAGGAAGGUACGUGAGACGAAAGGCAUUAUUCUCUUCGUACAGCCGGCGAGAAGCCUCCUCCGUGAGACCAAGCUUUCCUCUCGGACCCGUCCCUUGCGAGCUUCUCCUCGCCGCCCACGAUGGGAAUAUGGACUUCAUCGCUUGCCACCUUUGAAGAGCUCGCAGGCUUUCUUUUGCACCAGCCUUGUCGUCUUGGGGCGUUAGGCAGCUGCUCAAAGGCCUGCAUGCGACAAACAUGGCCUCAGCUUAAGGCGCUCUCAGUGCUUGCUUUUGGCUUGCUUGUUUCUCACCUCCAUGAAUUUUUCUUCUUCGACUUUAAAUCGCCGCUGCUGCUGACUGACGCCGUUGACGAAGACCUCUUCGCCUCUAAAUGACUUCCGGAAUAGGGCCUCGGCCUCUUCGUACGUCACGCCCCUCUUCCUCUUGGCUGUGGAGGGGUGAUCGGGGUUGGGCACCUAUAUAUGAGACAAACGUAGAAUCAACGCCCACACACACCGACAUCCCCGAAUGAUUUGCAGGUGAGGCUGUUGGUUGCUUACAACGAUGACAUAGUCCCACUGCAGCACCCCUUCGUGAAACUUGGCAUUCUGAGAGACAACUGCCUUGCCAUCUCCCUCCCGAGCAUCCCCAAGGAAGAAGUGCACCAGCCUGUCAGCCCCGGCAGCCCCACCAUGUACCCCCUGACCCGUCUCAGUUUCAGUCUCCGUCGCGGCCGUCAUUUGCGGGAUCUCUGCUCGGGGGGCCGCUUGCCUUUGCUUGACGAGCCUCUUUUCCGCUGUGUCGAGUGCCUCUCUGAGAUGGGCCGCCUCCUGCCUGGCCUUCCUGAGGUGCGAACGGGUCUGAUCCAGCUCGGCAAGCACAUCAUCAUGGGCAGUUAGUAUGUGGGGCAGGGAAGAUGGGGAACUGGCCAGCUCGUCGCUCGCAGACGAUUGACGUCCCUGUGCGGCAGACACAGAUACAUGGAUGGGCCGGGUAUGGAUGGAAUCUGUUGCCUGUCGUCACCUGCUGCUGCCUUAAUAUGCUGUCCUGGAUGUCCAAGAGGCUGUGGAAGGGCGGACUCUCCAUCCUGCGGAGCGCCUGCUCGUAGGUCUGGCUGAGGUAGGCGAUGCUCUCUUCCAACGCCUGAAUGUCCACCGUCCGUGCUGGAUCCUGGGAUGCUGGCGAGGAAUCCAUCCUGUCGUCUCUCUGUGGCAUCAGAUUGUGCAUUCGUG